AACAGAUUUUUUUUUCUCCUUCUCUGGUGCGACUUUACUCUUCCGGACUGCUACCGAUGUCAAUCUCCGCUUCCGCCUCCGUGGACUCUGGUUCGUCAUCCUCGUCGGACCUCGUUCGCAUGUCUGCGUCUAAGCAUUUCCCAAUCAAGCUGACCAAGACGAACUUCCUUGUUUGGCGCCGAUAAGUUCAUACCACACUCAUUGGUUUGAACCUCCUCGGUUUCUCCGUUCUUGGACGCCGGUCACACAAAACCCAACCUUGCGUACACCACCUGGUACCGGCAGGAUGCUAUUCUCCUUAGUGCACUCCUUGGGAGUUGCACCGAUGUCGUCCAACCGUUGAUCUCUCUCGCUGACACCUCUGCAGACGCUUGGUCGCGCCUGACCCGCAACCUUGCUAGCAUGUCCCGAGGCCGCAUCAUCUCGCUCAAGGCCAAAUUGGCUAAGAAUCCUCGUGGCAACCGCACCAUUGCCACCUUUAUUACUGACAUGACUGAAAUUGCCGCUGAAUUGGCCCUCGCCCAGAGUCCUGUGUCUGAUGAAGAUCUUGCGGUGCAUAUUAUGUCUCAACUUGGUGAUGACUAUGCUGUUAUUUAUCAGUCAUUACGGGGGCGCAAAGAUUGUGUAUCUAUUGAGGAACUUACUACUAUCUUGGAAGACUGUGAACGUGACAUCCAGAGCCGAACCGCAGCUGCCGCCGAUCUUGUUCCUAGUGCAAACCAGACCCAGCGUGCUCGUGGUGAUCGUGGAGGUGCUUCGAGUGGUUCCUUCAAUCGGGCUGGUAACUCUGGUCCCUCCCGUGGUGGUCACCGCGGUCGUGGCCCUCCUUCCGGUGGCAAUAGGGGCAGUCGCUACUGUCGGUUUUGUGACCUCUCAAGUCAUGAUACUCGAUUUUGCCGUAAACUUCAGCGUUUUCUAAGGGAGAACAAUGUUACUAUCACUUCCUCUAAUAGCGACACCCCUGCUGCUCAUGUUACUGUCUCAAAUGAGAUCAUGAAUCACACGCCAAAGUUCGGCAGCAGUAGAAGCAGAGGAGGUAACCAGAUCAGAGACUUCGUCAGUAAUAGUAGAUAGAAUCCAUCCUUGAACCAGGGCGUUAAGUUGGAACCACUCGUCAUCAUCAGCACAGGAGGGAAUAGUAGAUCCAGAGAGGAAGCCAUGGGGAUUUUUUUUAAAAAAACAGAGAAUUGAACAACAGAAAGAAACUGCAAGUUCAAUCUAUGACGGAAAAUUGCAAUCCGGAGAAUUCUACAAAGGAGAUUCAACUGAAACGUUCGGAAUCAAAAUUUAAAAACAGCACGAGAAAAACUAAACAGGGCAUACGAUGGAGACGAUAAAUUCAAGAUUCUACUUGGAUCGCUGCCUCAUCUUU